AAACCCCCAAAAAUGACUCUACUAUGUUAUCAGAUUUUCACUCCCAUUUCCUGCAGGGUCAGAAGUUGGUUAGUUUUUUCUGGUACUCAUUUGGUCCCUUGUAUGCCAAAUAGUGACGGGGGGAUUGAGUCAGUGACUUGAUUAAUGUGGACCCCAUCCACACUAUUGGUGUCUUUUUGUCUUGAGGUGUGUUGUGAAAUCCUCUGAAGGUGUGCUUUCUCGUGGUCUUAGCCUAAUAACACAAACUUCAUGCCAUCCUCACAGAUUUGGACGAUGUCUUCUUUUAAGGUUGAACAUCUGGUGGAGUGCCCUAAUGUCUCUGCUCCAUGGAUCACAGCGUAGCCUGUCUCCAGUCUGAGACUGAAAAUGAAAACUUGCUCUUUCUUUCUUUUAAAGUUGAUUAUGCCUGAUUGAUCCUACCUUUCAUACAACUGAGAUCCAACCAAGCACAUUUCACUAAUAGCAAUGUAGCACACAUUAUGAUGAAAAGUAACUAUAGUAACUGCAGAAAGUAACUCCAGUAACUGCAAUGCCAACUAAUAUUUUCCAAUUAGGAGAGAAGGAGCUCCUAUUGUAGUGUGAAGGAAGACUGUUGACAGCAACCUCUCUCAAAGCUGCAUUGGUUUAGCGUGCAUGUGACAAGUUAUAUUAAAUGUUUAGUUUUAAAAAACAAGCUUUUUGAGACUUUAUAGGAAGCAGCUAUUAAUGAAAAAAAAACUGUCUGGUCCAAAAUAUGAAUCUGAAAAAAUUAUUUUAAUGAAAUUGUGACAUUUUAACACAAUAUAAUACAGUGCUACUGACUUGACCUAAUGAAACAAAUUUUCAAACCUUCCAUUAGUCACUAAUUGUCCAUUCUAUGAGAUGAGUAAAAAUACCAAAAUUGCCCAGACUAAUGGAGGAAAAAAUGGAAGAAUAUUCAAGGAUGAAAUCCAGCAGUGUUGAAGAUUUCAUUAAGGGAUGAAUUCCAUCCGUUCAUUGAGGCUCUGCUGCCCCAGGUCCGUGCCUUUGCUUACACGUGGUUUAAUCUCCAAGCCAGGAAAAGGAAAUACUUCAAAAAACAUGAAAAGAGGAUGACUAAAGAAGAAGAAAGAACUGUCAAAGAUGAACUGCUAGGAGAGAAGGCAGAGGUGAAACAGAAAUGGGCCAGCCGUCUUUUGGCAAAGCUAAGAAAGGACAUUCGACCUGAAUGCAGAGAGGACUUUGUCUUGUCAAUCACUGGGAAGAAAGCUGCAUGUUGUGUCUUGUCAAACCCUGACCAGAAAGGCAAAAUGAGACGCAUAGACUGUCUACGACAAGCUGACAAGGUAUGGAGACUGGACCUGGUGAUGGUUAUCCUUUUUAAAGGGAUCCCACUGGAAAGCACAGAUGGAGAGCGGCUGGUGAAAGGAGGCCAGUGCUCCAAUCCAGUCCUCUGUGUCCAGCCUCGACAUAUCUCUGUCUCUGUCAAAGAGCUCGACCUCUACCUCGCUUUCUAUGUGCAAGAGAGAGAGACAGAGGACAGCAGCAGUCCCAGUCGUACCGGAAUGGGUUCUGAUCAGGAGGACAGUCGAACUCCCACCAUGGAUGGUCCAGAGUUCCAGGAGAGUUUUGUGACAUCAGGAGUUUUCAGUGUUACUGAGCUGGUCCAAGUCUCAAGAACUCCAGUAGUAACAGGAGUAGGACCUGGUUUCUCAGUGGGGGAGAUCCAGGGUCAUCUGGCCUAUGACCUCAACCAGUCUGUCAACCAGCCUGUCAGCCUCAGACGAUCGGUGGCCAGCACCUCAUCCAGCGGGACUAAGCGUCAUAAAUCAGGCUCUAUGGAGGAGGACGCUGACAGUCCUGGAGGGGAGUAUUACCAUUCACCUUCGUCUCCUGCCAGCAGCUCUAGAAACUGGGCUGAUGACAUGGAAGGAGGUCUGUCUCCUCCAGUAAAGAAAACGGAGCUGGAUAGUCCGUCUGCCCGGGAAGAUUCACCGAGAAUGGGUUCCUUUACUCAACACCACCGGCCGGUCAUCGCUGUUCACAGUGGUCUGUCUCGGGGUCCCCAUCCUUCUUCAUCUCUUCACUUUCCAUCCUCCUCCUACUUUCCCCAUGGAGCAAUCCGCUAUCCUCCUCACCUGGCCCAGGACCCCCUAAAAGAUCUGGUCUCAUUAGCUUGCGACCCUGCUAAUCAAGCUCCUAGCUCGCUGAAUGGCAGUAACCAGGUUAAAGUGCCCAGUCACUACAUCUCUUCUCAGAUGUUGGCACCACCCGGACCAGCACCAUCCCUGGCUAUUCCCCCAUCAUCCCUCCCUAGGCCAACACUUCCUACAGAGUCAAAGGCCACUACCUCCUCCUCUGAUAGGGCAACAAACUCCCCCACCUCACCCAAUCUGUCAGAUCGGCCACGACCCCUGCUGUCCGGUGGUCUUUGGAGGAUGGAAUCCCAGGCAUGCGAGAGGGGUUCUUUUUAUGUUCUUCAUACUCUGCCCCUGGGACUCCCCCUGCCAGUCGAUCCUCCUUCGUUGGAGUCACCCCUCGAGACCCAGGUGGACUCUAUCAAGCCCAGUCUUGGUACCUGGGCAACUGAGAGAACUCUGGACGAAAGUUGAUUGUCAUGGCAGUGCUGUUCUGGAAGAAAGGAGAAAAUGUUGUGAAGACAUUGCCAGAGGAAAAAUAUAUUCAGCUUUGUAGAAAAAUAAUGCAUGGUCAUACAUAUAUAUAAAUAUAUAUUGUAGUAUAUUUAUAUAUGUGUUUGUAGCCAGAAGAGUCUGCCUGGAUAGAAGACAGGUGCUGCUCUUAUUCAGCCAUUUCACAGCUCCAGAAUGAGCUAUACCAUAUGAUGCUACAUGGCUGUCAGAAAUGGCCACUGACAUAAGUUGUGAUUUUCAAGUAUUAGCAAUGGAUUGUUGCAGAAAUCUAGUUGGUCCAGAUGAACUACAGACCAGAACCGGCCAUCAGCAUAUUGCAUCCCAAGAAGCCAGUCCCCAGGAAGGGCCUGUUUCCUUGGGAUGGAUGUCAGCCUGUACCUUUGGUCUCUACACUAAAUCCAGUACAAUGCCUAUAUAAACCUCACCUCCCUGUUAACACCCAGAAUGCCCCUUUCCGCUGCAGGUGCUGCUUUUAAUAUAUGCAAGUAAGCCCCCCGUAUUUUCUGAGAGAUCCUGUUCAUAUCUGUUUCUUCGCACUUUUUAUCUGUUAUUGAUAUGUCUGAAAAAAAUACUGGCUGGAACAGCACUGUUUUUUGUCUCUUCCCACCAAAAGACAGAAGCUUUGUCUUUUUUAUUGACAAUCAUCUGCCUGAUACCAUUGAGUUGCUUUACAAGCGAGGCUCGUGUUUUUUAGACUGUUUGUGCUUUUUACCCCCAAAAAAAACAAGUAAGUGGAAUAUACCAACACACCAUGCAGUGCUACAUAGUUAGAUACUAUUACAGAGCCAGACCCAGUUGAACUUCUACUGGGUUGGGGAUCCUGACAGGGCCAUGAUGUCAUUUUUUCAAAUGGCCAAAGGUGCACUAUUUUGAGUUGCACCUGCCACAAGGAAACAACACAAUUCUCAGUGUGUGGUGUGGUACAUUCAUGUUUGCUUGUUACAGCUACCGUUAUCACUUGAUUAGUUGUCAACUAAGUUAAUUGCCAAAUGUUGUGAUAAUGGCAGUAAUUUUAAGGUAAAACUGUCUAAAUUUUCUGAUUGCUACUUAUAUAUGAAUAUUUUUAGUUUUUUCCUCUAUCAUCUUAAACUAAAUAUCUUUCAGCUUUGGACAAAGCAAGGCAUUUGUUGUCUUCAGCUUGGAGAGGCAUUUAUCAACAUUUUUCACCAUUUUCUGAUCUUUUACAGCCCAAACCACUAAUUGAUUUAUUUAGAAAAUAAUUCACAUAACAAGCAAGGAUGAAAGUAAUGGUUAAUAGCAGCCCUAAUGUCUGUGCUUGUGUUUGUUUGUGUGUAUGUCCAGGUGGGAACCCAUGUGUGUGUCAAAAUGUGAAUAUGUACAUCCACAUACUCAGUUUUGAGGAAAUGUUGUGCAGAUUUUUUUAUGUGUCUGAGAGAACCCAGUGACAGGAUUUGUACUUGUAUGUAGGUUGAUUAGAAAGAGAAGAUAAACAUACAAUUCAUUUUUCUUUGUGGUGUAGUCAUGGGGCACAUUAGGUUUGUAGAGUCUUUUUUUUUUUUAAUUGUUGAUACUAAUCAGCAGGUCAUGUGCAUACUGACUUGAACUGAGCGCAAAAUUCAGGUGUCUUGUCCAGUUCUAGAAUGUGUGGUGUUCCUAGACAGGUGCUGAAGUUUGUCCCAGAGGAAAACCUUUCUGCUCAAAGCUUGGUCUUUUAUAUCUUGGGAGACAAAAUUAUAGCAAAAAUCACUUAUCUAUCUAUCUAUCUAUCUAUCUAUCUAUCUAUGAAAUAGUUUUGACAAAACAAGACCUUCUCAAUAUAACUCAGUAGAGUUGUUUUUUUUAUAUUUGCUUAAAAUAAAGCUUAUAUAUAGCUGACAUUGUCGCUCAACUGAGAAAAAAAUGGAGCCGCUUACUGAGGUUGAGAAGGAAUGUUUUUCCAGUCUCAAAUUUGACUUACUCCUGUUGCUAGUUGCCCUCCUUCUAUCUUACGUAUUUCUUGUGAUAAUUUUCUUGUGAGUUUCACAGGAAAAAUAUGAGAAACAUAUCAGACAAAUUCAAAACUAAGAAAAGGCUAAAAUGAGAAUAACAGUUUUUACUCCCAAGCUAUAGUCAAGUAAGCUGUAAGCAGUAAGGAUUUCCUCUGAAGUAGCUCAACCCCAGCCCAACUUCAGUAUGGUUUGGAGUUGAGGCUCGGUGAGACAGACAGUUGAAUGAAAGACUGGCUUAGGUCAAACCUUGAUAAUUUACCACAGCUGGACAAAAAUUAAGCAUUCACAACUAGCUGAGAAGUUGUUAACUCAGUUGUGUUUGUGUCCAACAUUGAUGCAAUGUUUUGCAUGAUUAUUUUGCUUUUUGGGGGCUAAGUAGUACUUUGUUGUAGGUGGCUUGUGCAGCAUGGCCUUUGAUAUAUUUUAUACCAUCUCAUCUCUUGCUGUUGAGAUGAAAACAAUAAAUAUAAGUGAGAUUUUUAAGGAAUUAUAUUUUAUAAUCCAUAACAUAAUUUACCUUUCAGGCUUUGCAGAUAUAAAGCAGACUAUUGACAUUUUUUGAUUGUUGAUGUAAAUCAGCUAAAGGACUGGUGUUGCUGAGUUCACCACAUCAGAUUAAUGCCAAGUAAAUUUUGGAAUAGCUUAAUCACAGGAAAUUGUCUGCUGGAGUGUAUCUGCAGUCUGUGGAUGUUACUCCAUAAUUUCUUUACUUGUGUUCCAUAUACAUAAAGGAGAAAAGUCAAAACAUUGUUCUUUACCUUGCUAACUGGCUGUUUUCAUUAGUCCACAAAUGUUUUCUAUCUGCCCAGGAAAAACAAAUGUUCUUAAAGGGAGGAAACCGAUGUUUAAAAGAUGCACAGUAUAGCUUCAUAACUCAGGCUCUGUGAUUCAAGAUGAAAUUCAAAAACAAAACAGCCAAAUCUUUAUAGCAUGGACACAUUGACAUUUGAUUGACAUAGCAUGGACACGUGAUCUUUAUAGCAUAACACAAAAACGGUUGAUUGCAGUGGCACAAAAUGCAAAAUGUUUCUCUGGACUGCUCAAACAAAACUCAGGGUCUAUCAAAAUGAAGAAAACUGUAAAGUGUAGAGGAAAAUCGCAACAUGACAUGACCUUAAGUAUGCCAUCUGUCAAGCAUGGCAGUACUUCUGUUUUACUUUGGCCAUGUCAUGUGACUGCCUUUGUAACUGGCACAUAUUGACAUUUACUGACAUUUAUUGAGGAUUUCUUUGCUGACAAAAGCAAAAGGUUGACUGUAGAGGUCUAAUUAAAUCUCCAAUGUUACAUGUUCAGCACUAUGUUUAAAGGGUUAUAGCCCCCAAAUAGUUGUUUCUAUGCUUCUGUAAGCCGAUUCAAAAAAAAUGUAUGCCUUGGUGUUUUAAUCUUGCAUUCCAAAUUUUACAAAGAUGUAAUGGCCAAGAGUCCGAAGAAUAGAUAAUAUAUUACUAUGUAAAUAGUUAUGGCGUGGACUUCACAUCUGUUGAAGAGGCAGCACAGUAGAGUUAACCGAAAUGUUGGACUCAUUUACAGGUUUUGGCUGUAGAAAGCUAUUAUUCUGGGCAGAAAGCAAACAUUUUGGGGAUAACAAAAAUACUUUUUAAGAUGCAGCAAGCAGCAUUGAAAGAUAACAUUUUGCAACUCGCAGUGUUUUGCUUACAACAUGCACCGGCCGUAUGUUUGGAGAGCAGUUGUAUGUUUUUGUGUGGCAAUUCAGAUGUGGAACAGCAUCUCCAGUCUGAUACUGGUAAUCACUUACUUUACAGUUGUUGUUUUUUUUUUUCUCUUGUCUCUUUGGAUUUAGACAUUUUUGUGUCAGUCAGUAUUGAUUGUGCCUUUUUUUUUACCCACUUAGGAUUUCUUUUUAACUCAUAUAAAAGUGUCUUUCAUAUGAUUUUGUGCCACCAAGAAUUUGCAUAUUUUUGGCCAACCAUCUAUCAACUCUGUAUAUAGGCAGUCAGGCUGCACCUAAAAUUUCUUUAUGUCUUGAACACAGGUCGCCUCUUUUUCUUUUCCUAUCCAAAGGUUUGAGAUUGAGGUUGAAUUAUGUAAGUUGAUGCCUACAAUGACUUUAAAUUUGGGAGUGAAAGCUAGGUUUUGGUUUGGUUAGAGUUGGCGUAAAGCUAAUGUAUACUGCAUGGUGCUGCCCUGGUCGCUGUGCUGACCUAAAGAAUGCAUGGCUCAACUUGAUGAUACCUCUCCGUUUCUAUCCUGCUCUUCCUCCUUCUCCUCGUCCUCACUGUGCUCUAUAAUACAUCAGAGGGCAGUGGAUGGAAGGGCUGUCUGUUUCUUUGAAUUUUAAUAAUAGCCCUCUUGUUAAACUUCUAUUUGCACGAUAUUUCAUAAAACACAGUACGUGCCUUGCCUUUAGUUAAAGAACAAUAAUACUUUUUAGAAAAGUUAUCAUACUUUUCAUGGUACAGCUGGUAGCACUUACAAAACCACAAAAAAAGCUGCAUGUGUGAUUGCUUGGCAUUAACCAGGUACAUAGUUUUAGGUUGUGGCAGUGUGCCAACUAAGAAAUUAGUUUGAGUGUAAAAGUGAAAGCCCUCGUUAGUUUCAGCAGAGACUGGGACAAUAUUGAUCUUUCAUUCAGCUAAAGACAAAAGGUUUUUUUUUUGUUUGUUUGUUUUACAGUGUAAAAGGAACAGUCUGACACUUUUGGAAGUAAACUGAAUUGCUUUCACAUGGGAGAGACACUCUUUUAUUACCUUCUGCAGCAGUUUACAGACACUCGACCAAUUACACACACACAAUGCAAACACGUUUUGCCCAGCUUUCUAUGAAGCUAGCCUAAACACUACCCUUACAACACUGAUAUUAACUCAAGCCCAAUUAUUCCUUUGUCUUUAAUUUUUGUUCUUUUAUUCAUAAUUUGAAGUGGCUAUAUAUAAAGGGGGGGAGAUUGUUUACUGUUGCAAGGUUGGCAUGAAGGUUUGUGAUCCACACUCCAGAUACGAAACCUUCUUAUCAUGUGACUCCUAUACCAAAUUUGAUAGAACAGACAGCUCUGAAAAAGCAGCAAGGAGGACACUGAGUUAAGAUAAAUGUUUAGAAAAGGAGCACCACUUCCAAAAUGUUAGACUGUUCCUCUGAGUGGGGAUUUUUCAGAUUUUAUUUGCCAUACUCAGGUGUUGAUUACACUCGUAGAGGAAAUCGAAUACAGUGGCUUUGCUGUGUAAAAUUGACAUGUUGAUGGAGGUGUGAACAUUCUGUGUUGCUGUGUGUAUAACAUCAUUCACACACUGAUGAAUUUUAACGUACAUGUCUUUUAACCAAAAUGAAAUGUUUUGGCGCAUGGUUACAUUAUGGCUACUUUUGAUUAGAAAAUUGCAUUUUGCAAAGGUUGAAACAUUGGUUCAUAAAGUAUAGUCUCUCAGUAAGUUAAUCCUAAAUGUUAACGAUACAGACAGAAGCCAUUUUCAGAGAUGCUGCACAGCUUUUACCACAUCAUGUUUGAUAUUUAGUGAUAACACAUUUGAUCAUACUUGUUGCAGUUACAGGUAUUUCACGAUAUUGUGAUUAUUUUGUCAGACAUUUAACUAUAGUGGCCAAGCCACUAAUCCAGUUUUAAGGAGACAUGUUAAAGAAGUUUAGGUUUAGACUUGCAGGUUCUGCAGCUCUGUGACUGACAGUGAGAACACUGUCCAUAUGCCUGUAUGAUGACUUUGACAUUGUGAGUCAUCAUGUGAUAAUAUACAACAAAAGGCCAUAGAUGACACUCACUUUUAUAUAGUUGCAUGCACUUAUCACUACUUUUGCAUAAGUUUGAUUUUUAGUUUUUUUUUCUUUUUAGGUAUUUCUUAAGUUGUCAUUGUUAUGUUGCUUGUAGGAUUAUAGCUUUUAACACAGCAAUGUGUAUAAAAUAUGUACAACAUUAACUUAUUAGUUAUAAAGAGGAGGUAUAAAAUGUUGUGUUCUCCAUUUUAAUUAAACUCUCUUAACUUUGUGACCAAGUUGCGGAGUGAGUGAACCCAAGCAAUAGGACAAAUUGUAGACGAGUCAGUGAAAAAGACUAGCAAUGUGAUGACAAAUGAUGAGGAAAAAUGGUAAAGAAGAGAGAUAGUCUUGGUCAGGAAAUAAAGUAAAUUUAUUAAUUGCAAUGCACACAAAGUGUAUACCUCUCUGAAGGAUACAAAAUCCUCUAAAUGUGCUACUUUAAUAAGAAACACUGUUUAGAAAAAUCUAUGAAUGGCUGUGUGACAAGUACACAGUCACAACAAGUGAUAAACACUGAUGUGUUGUUGUUUUGCUGUUGUUGAUGUUGUGGUCAGAGUUGGUCCAAAAAUACCGGGCUGCAUUUCAGCUACAUAACCGAAACAUACUUGCUUCAAUCCACAAAAGUUAAUUGAAAUGUGUUCAAUUGCGUAGGAUCAAAAACACAAGCUGUUUGACAGAAGUAACAAUACAGAGCUUUAUAUCCACUGAAGAGCAGCAGCAGCUUUGGGUGACGUUGAUUUUACUACUGUCUUUAAUUUAAAUCUUGAAAGCAAAUGACUAGAUUAUUGGGUAUUAGGCUUACUGCUAAUAAUUUCAGAUUUGCAAUCACUCUCUAAAAGAUAUUGGGACUGGAGGAACUCCUUAAAUAGCAUAACAGUGCUGGUGGGACAGUCUGCCUCAGUAUCCCACACCAGACCAUCUUCAAUUCAGCACAUUUUUUUAAGUCAAUAUGUAAAUAUAGAUUGAGUUGACCAUACGUUAAAAUCUGGGCCAUUUUAAGUUCUCCCACUUAAAAUGAUAACAUAGGUCUAUAAUUUUCAUCAUAGCUACACUUCAACUGUGAGAGACAGAAUGUAGAAAAAAAAAUCCAGGAACUCACAUUGUAAGAUUUUUAAAGAAUUUAUUUGUAAAUUAUGGUGGAAAAUAAGUAUUUGGUCAGUUAGAGGUCAAACGUUUACUGUAGGUCUUCACCAGGUUUGCACAAGCUGUUGCACACACAUGUGCAAACCUGGCCUAUUUUGACCCAUUUCUCUAUGCAUAUCUCCUCAACAGCAGUGAUGUUCUAGGGCUGUCGCCGGGCAACACGGACUUUCAACUCCCUCCACAGAUUUUGUAUUGGGUUGAGGUCUGGAGACUAGCUAGACCACUCCAGGACUUUGAAAUGCUUCUUAUGGAGCCACUCUUUCGUUGCCCGGGUGGUGUGUUUGGGAUCAUAGUCAUGCUGGAAGACCCAGCCAUGUUUCAUCUUCAGUGCUCUCACUGAUGGAAGGAGGUUUUGGGUCAAAAUCUCACGACACAUGGCCACAUUCAUUCUUUCCUUAACACGGAUCAGUCGUCCUGUCCCCUUUGCAUAAAAACAGCCCCAAAGCAUGAUGUUUCCACCCCCAUGCUUCACAGUAGGUAUGGUGUUCUUGGGAUGCAGCUCGGCAUUCUUCUUCCUCCAAACACGACAAGUUGAGUUUGUACCAAAAAGUUAUAUUUUGGUUUCAUCUGACCACAUGACAUUCUCCCAGUCCUCUUCUGGAUCAUCCAUAUGCUCUCUGGCAAACUUCAAAAGGGCCUGGACAUGCUUAAGCAGGGGAACACGUCUGGCACUGCAGGAUUUGAUUCCCUGUCGACAUAGUGUGUUACUGAUGGUUACCUUUGUUACUUUGGUCCCAGCUCUCUGCAGGUCAUUCACCAGGUCCCCCCGUGUUGUUCUGGGAUAUUUGCUCACCAUUCCCAUGAUCAUUUUGACCGCAUGGGAUGAGAUCUUGUGUGGAGCCCCAGAUCGAGGGAGAUUGUCAGUGGUCUUGUAUGUCUUCCAUUUUCUAAUAAUUGCUCCCACAGUUGAUUUAUUCUCUCCAAGCUGCUUGCCUAUUGUAGAUUCACUCUUCCCAGCCUGGUGCAGCCUGGUGCAGUUCUACAAUUUUGUUGGACAACUCCUUAGUCUUGGCCAUGGUGGAGUUGCAGUCUGACUGUUUGAGGCAGUGGACAAGUGUCUUUUAUGCAGAUAACGAGUUCAAACAGGUGCCAUUAAUACAGGUAAUGAGUGGAGGACAGAAGAGCUUCUUAAAAAAGAAGGUACAGGUCUGUGAGAGCAACAGAUCUGUAGGUGAUCAAAUACUUGUUGUCCACUAUAAUUUACAAACCAGAUUCUUUAAAAAUCCUACAAUGUGAGUUCCUGGAUUUUUUUCACGUUUUGUCUAUCACAGUUGAAGUGUACCUAUGGUGAAAAUUUCAGGCCUCUGUCAUCAUUUUAAGUGGGAGAACUUUUUUGCUUCACUUGUAAGGACUGAUAAAAACAGUAUCUGUCUUAAAAUGUUUAAACAUUAUGCACAGAAUUAGUCCAUGAUGGGAGUGACUGUUGCUAAGUUGUGACAUGGCUGACAUGGCCAAUAGCAUAUGUGCUACAUGAAUGGAAGUGAGAGCAAAGUCACUUUUGGAUCUCCCGUUUUUGAACAUUCCAGGUGUAUAGGGUGGACAUAACCCAAUAAAGACAAAAAUCUACAGUCAAAAUUUGGAUUGAAAUCACCCCUCUCCUACAGUAGAACAAGUUUUGCAAGAUGUGAAAAGGUUAAGGAUAUUGUAUGGUGUAUUGUAUUGUGGAUUACAGUUACAGUUUUGUGGUUCUUCGCCUCUUUCAGCUGAUUACCAAAAUUUGUAAAUUGUAUUCUGGAAGCUUUUUACUAUUUACACUUUAAAUUUUCCUUUGUAGGGAAAAUGUUUGCACUGUUUAAAGGCAGAUAGCUUCAAAGAAGUGUAGUUUGUCAUUUUUUGUAUGUAAGUCAGGAGGCUUACAUACAAAAUAGUGUGAUAAAGUAUGAAGCAGUGUGCAUCCCCUUCAUUUUUUCUCUGUAUGUUGUUAUAGUACAAUAUACUUGUCAGUAUCCUGUUGUCAGAAUACUGACAAGCAUCGUGACAAUAGAAAAGUCAAGAAAAAAAAAUAGUAGCAGUUAUACCCAGCCUGCUGAAUGGAUAACUAAUCUACAGACCACUGAAGGUGUGAUAGCUGUCCUAACUCAGGUGAAAGUUUUUUAAGCUUGUGUAAUGUCUCCAAAAUGUAAUAGACAAAUUUCAUUUCCACAAAUAAAAUACCAAAACCAAACAAACAGUCCCCAAGACAUCAUUGUUAAAUCAUUAACAAUAAUAGAAUUUAGAAUAGAUUAUUUGGAAACUCAAGUAGUUUUCUGUCCUCUUCUUGGGUGUGCACAAUGUUUGUCAUGUAAAUGUAUCACUUUAUCUGCUCUUCAAAUAAACCAGCAGGUUAACAGCAAGUAAAAGAGCUACCAAAAAUACAAUGCUGCUUGGUUAAUUUAAGGUGUUUCUAAGCAGCGCUUUGCUGUACAGACUAUGCAACACUUCAUGACUGCGACACAAUAUUGCAAUAACCAGUGUCAGUUCUUAGAUGACAAGCCAUAAAAGACAGACUAUUCUUUCAAGGUUGCAUUUGAAAUUACUCUAAGUGCAGAUAAAGUGCUGAAAGCCUUUUAUAAAGGUCAUUGUAGUCGCCAUAUGAGCAGCUUGUAUAAACAGUUGAGUAGCUAACAGUUUCUUGAUCCAGUGUCUUGAUGAGUUUCUUUAUCGAAUUUGUCUUUAACAUCAAGUAAUGAUUUCAUAAACUUUUUUGCGAGUGAUAUUUUGACAAAUCAAAGUCGGAAUACUGGUGAGUUGCUGAAAUCAAGAAAGACAUACUCGAAUUCCUUCUUUUGUUGCUGUUGUCAUAUCAGACAGCUUUCACUCAGCUGUUUGAGGAGGGCUUAAUCUUUAGCCAUUUCUAAUACUUGUAGGUUUCAGAGCUGAAAUGCAAAUAAUCAGUUUACACACCCAUUAUAUACCGAUCAGGCAUAACAUUAUGGCCACUGACAGAUGGAGUGAAUAACACUGACUAUCUCUUCAUCAUGGAAUCUGUUUGGAGGUUGGAUAUAUUAGGCAACAAGGGAACAUUUGUUCUUUUGUGUUAGAAGCAGGUAAAAUGGGAAAGCGUAAGGAUUUGAGCCAGUUUGACAAGGGCCAAAUUGUGAUAGCUGGACGACUGGGUCAGAGCAUCUUCACAACUGCAGCUCUAAUGGUCUAAUGGCCAGUCUGCAGUGGUCAGUAUCUAUCAAAAAAGGUGUCGGAAUACACAAUGCAUCACAGUUGUUGUGUAUGAGGAAACAUAGCUGCAGACCAAUCAGGGUGCUCAUGCUGACCCCUGUGCACCGCCUAAAGCACCAACAAUGGACACGCAAUCAUCAGAACUGAACCACAGAGUGAUGGAAGACGGUGACCUAAUCUGAUGAAUUAUAUUUUCUUUUACAUCACAUUCAUGGCUGGGUGCGUGUGCAUCGCUUACCUGGGCAAUACAUGACACAAGGAUGCUGGUGCUUAGCAAUGUCAGUUGUAUUAUAUUCACAACACGAUCGCAUUAAUUCUUAAUUCCAUUUAUCAUAUUAUCGAAACAAUAACGUGUGGCAAGAGACAAUUUUGAAUGUAAUACAUUACAUGGCUUGAACGACGUAAAAAUAGGAAGUAAUGUGUACAUAUUAUUCACAGAUUUAGCCUUUGAUUCAGCAUUGUUUCAGUAUUUAAGUUGUGUAGGAACAAUCUGUUAAAUAAGUAUUAAUAGGAACAAAUUGUUGUGUAUUGUUAUGAGCAUAUAUGAACCUUAUAUUAGUUCCAUAUUGACUAUCUUUUGUUUAUUUAGUUAUAUAUGUAUCAGUUAGCAUUUCCUAAGUAUUUACAAAAUUGUGUACCUCCCAGAUACAGUUUAGCAUUGAUCAGGGCCCAUUUGAUGCUGCAUAGUUAAAAGAACCUAUCUGAACACGGCUGAAGCUGCGAAGCUGACAUUACUGAACCUUUGCCCUGAUUGCUGACUGAACAAUCCCAAGUCAUACUAAAGUUUUUGGAAAUAUGCACAAUAGUUGAGGUGAACGUCUAUAAAAGUACAUCAUUAGUGAUGUGGUAUAUUUUUAAAAAAAAAAAGUAUUUUAGUCUCAAGUUCCUUCUAAGUUUUUCUUUACUUGGUGGUAAAAACCAGGUGCUGUUAUAACCACAAUUAUUGUCUAAUAGCUUAGACAAUAACUGCUGAAAUACUGUCUUUGGGCAAUUCCUUUUAAGAUACAUCACAGAAGAGUCACAAUUGCAUUUUGAUUGUGAGAAUGGGGUUCUGUUUAGCAUGGUGAACAGAUUCAAGAUUCACUGACAGGUCGCUGCGUGUGCAUGUGCCCUAGCCUAGAAUUGUAGAGCUAAACAGUGACUAAACAGUUGCAUUACUGACAGUGAUUCCUGUUUUCUAGUUUAGCAGCUGAAUUUGAUCGGAUCUUUGAAUGUUGUGUGAGACUGUUGGAUAUCUAAACAAUUAGAUUUUGGUUUUGGGGAAAAUAUAUUCAUAGAGGGCUCUUUUCUAACUGUUAGUGUGAUUCAACGCUCUUCCUUAAAGCUGCUGCUGCCUGAAAACCUCCAGUUAUUUGAUAACCCCAAUAUGUGUUUUUUUGUUUGUUUUUUGUUUGUUUUUGGGUUUUUUUUGCUGUUUCCUACUUGAAUUACAACUUGCUUCUUUAUUUUUUAAUGGUCAUUCAAAAUCUUUCUUGUAGUCCAGAGUUGCAGCAGAUUGGAAAAUGUACUUAGAGUUACUGAAAAGCUGAUUGUAGAGCUGCAAGUUUUUCUGUGAAAGUGAUGCCAUACUAUGUAAUUUCUGUAUCUUCAGGUACAUUACUACUGUACAGUUUGCAAUGACCCAAAGUGUUGAUUCUCGGACAUCUGUCAAGAUUUAUUCCAUGGUGACUUUUGAGAUACAACAGUAAAGGAGUGCUUUACUUUACAGAUAUAUAUAUCCCUUACAACAGAGAGCAUAGGCAUGAACGGAUUCCACCAGCUAUUACAUGAUCACAGUCCACAGGCCUUUUUGAUAAAUAAAUAAUUGUACAUGACGUAAAUAUCUGUUUUAAUGAAGUCUGGAUUAACAACAAUAAUGCUUAAUUUAGUAAGAAAUAAUUCAUGAGGGACUCCAAAACCUGAAAAUAACAGACAAGGUUGUGGCGACACAGAGCAGUGUCCACUUUCACCAGUCUGUUAUUGGCUAUAUUGAACAUCUCGGAAUUCAUUAUUACCUAUGUUGGUCACAUCCUUUCAAACACAUUAAAGAAAUAGUGCUGAUGCUACUAUUGCUAUGGUUACUCAUAAUAUAGUCUCACUAAGGACUAUACCAGAACUUUCUUGUAUUAUUUGACUCAGUGACAUCCCGAAGUACUGUUUUCACACCAGCCAAUGAGAAAUGUUCAAGUGGCAUACCAAUAUAAGAAAAUAAUAGUUGCGAUAGAGGUAAGCAUAUUAUGUUCAAGGUUUGGAGAGCUGAAGUGCAAACAUUAAGUCAUUUACUGUGGAAAAUGGCUGCAAUUCUGGACUGGAUGUAGUCUGUGGUAGCUUUAAUAACACUCAAGACGUUUCUGUUGUGUAAUUUUUCUGCAAAUGUCAAACAUCAGCAGUUCUGGAUUGAUCUGUGGUCGGAGUUUCUUUUCUUGUCUGAAUGUGUCAUAGUUUGAGUGAUGGGCAUCUGAAACAGUGUGUUUGAACUAUUCAUCUGUUGUGGGGAUAUUAACAUCUUUUGAACCAUAUUUGCUAAUCAGAAAAUUCUAAUGAAUUCAUUACUUGAAAUGAAUAUGUUCCCUAUGCAAAAUAUACCAUUAAUAAACAAGCUAUACUGCAACUCAG